GGCUGUACGUCGUCGUAGUUUUCGCCAGGGGAAUGUGUCAUUAAAAAUAUUUCUAAAAAAACGAAACUAAUAGAAAUAAUAUAAAGAAAAGAAAGAAGAAAGAAGAAAGAAAAUAGAUCCAGGGGAUAGAGACUAGACAAUAGUCUAAAACCCUAUAAAAGAAGAAAGAAGAAGAAGGAGAAUAUGUUAUUAAUUUGGUCCCGUGUUGAAAGACAUGUGACCUGAAUUCACAUUUCUACAGCCUAAUGGUUUCAGUGUCCACACAAAGGGGCUUGCAUGUGAUCUCCACUUCUUGCUGAGAUGUGAGAAUGUCUGUGUGUGAAACUUAAAACCUAGUGAAAGUAAGAAAAAAAAUAAUGAACGAACAUUAGAAUUUAAUGCUGAAAACGGAGGACUUUCUUUAAAGAGAAGCAAGAUGAAUGAAGAUAGUCAUGAACCUAUAAACAAGGAUGACGUGCAAGGAAGAGAGGUUGAUGCGGAAAACUUAGUGAGCCAGGAUAGUGAAAGUAGCUCGCAAGUAAGUGGCACAAUGGAUGUACGAAAGGAGGAAGAUGUUGUUGAAAAGAAGAGCGUAAAGGGAAGCACAGAGGAUUCAAAGGAUAGGGAAAAGGAGAUGCAGUUAAAGAAGUAUGGAGUAUUGAUAUGGUACGGUGAGCAGGGUGAUACAGAGAGCAGUUGCGAAGAGGUUUAUGAUGAUGAUUAUGAUGAUGCAGAAUUACAAGAUGAAGAUACAACAUUAAGCAGUGCCGAAAAAACUGACUUGCCAACAGAGGAUGAUGAUGAUGAGGCUACAGAGUUAAGUGAAAAUGAAGAGAAGCAUGUUGGUCAGUAUAAGGAAGAAAGUAAACAAAUGAAGAAAGGAGAGGACACACAGGAAUAUGAGAAAGAAAACGUUAUGGCCGGUGAAGAAGACAAUAUCCAGGAGAGUAAUGAAGAAGAGGAUUUGCAGGAGAGUGAUAAAGAGAAUGACAGGCAGGAGAGUAAUGAAGAGAAAACUACAGCUGAUGAAGAUGAAGAUAUGCAGGAAGGUGAGGAAGGGAACAUUAUGGCUAAUGAAGAAGAGAACAGGCAAGAGGCUGAGGGAGAUGACAUGCAGGAGGAUGAGGAAGAAAACAUUAUAGCUGAUGAAGAUGACAGGCAGGAGAGUAAUGAAGAGAAAACAACAGCUGAUGAAGAUGAAGACAUGCAGGAAGGUGAGGAAGGGAACAUUAUGGCUAAUGAAGAAGAGAACAGGCAAGAGGCUGAGGGAGAUGACAUGCAGGAGGAUGAGGUAGAAAACACUAUGACUGAUGAAGAUGACAGGCAGGAGAGUAAUGAAGAGAAAACAACAGCUGAUGAAGAUGAAGACAUGCAGGAAGGUGAGGAAGGGAACAUUGCAGCUAAUGAAGAGGAGGACAGGCAGGAGGCUGAGGGAGAUGACAUGCAGGAGGAUGAGGAAGAAAACAUUAUAGCUGAUGAAGAUGACAGGCAGGAGAGUAAUGAAGAGAAAACAACAGCUGAUGAAGAUGAAGACAUGCAGGAAGGUGAGGAAGGGAACAUUGCAGCUAAUGAAGAGGAGGACAGGCAGGAGGCUGAGGAAGAUGACAUCCAGGAGGAUGAGGUAGAAAACACUAUGACUGAUGAAGAUGACAGGCAGGAGAGUAAUGAAGAGAAAACAACAGCUUAUGAAGAUGAACAGACGCAGGAAGGUGAAGAAGAUGAGGAAGAUGACAUGCAGGAGGAUAAGGAAGAAAACAUUAUGGUUGAUAAAGAAGAAGACACACAGGAGAGUAAUGAAGAAAGAAUUGCAGCUGAUGACGAUGAUGAUGAUAUGCCGGAAGCUGAGGAAGAGAACAUGGCUGAUGAAGAAAAUAUGCUGGAGGAUGAGGGCAAAAAUGUGGCUGAUGAGGAAAAGGACAUGCAGAUGUCUGAGGAAGAGAAUAGGCAGGAGAGUGAGGAAGAGAAUAGACAAGAGAGUGAGGAAGAGAACAUAAUGACUGUUGAGGAAGACACGCAAGAGAAUAUUAUGGCUGAUGAAGAGGAUAGCCCAGAGAGCAAGGAAGAGAGCGUUAUGGCUGUUGAAGAAGAGGACACACAGGAGGCUAAGAGAGGGAAAAGGAUGGCUGAUGAAGAGGAUGGUCAAGAAGGCAAGAGAGAGGAAAUAACAGGUGAGGAAGAGAGUAGUCUGAGUGAAGAAGGAAAGGAAGAGGACAAGGGAGAUGAGAGAAAGACAGAUGAGGAAGAGGAAAAACAAAAGGUAAAGCCAGUUUGCGAGGUGAAUGAGGCAAAGAAUAUCCAGGACAUUGGGAAUGCACAUCCUAGUGAGGCAGAAGCCCUUCAGGCAGGGAGUGACAAAAACGAGCAGUGUGAAGAGGAAGGAGAAAUUCCACCAGAUCAUCCUAUUUGCAAGGAAAGACAAUCCAAAUCUGAUAACGAAGAAGAAACAACAGAUAAGGGUGCAACAGAGGUUAACUGUGGGGAUAUCCAAAAGAGUAAUAAUGAUGGGUUUGUAACAGAAGAGACAAGUAAAGAUAGUGCUGAAACGUCGCCAGUCCUUGGGCAGAAACACAGGAGGAGGACACUUAGUUUUGACAAUUUAGAAAUUGCGAAAACAACAUCCGAGAGCCAGAGUCUUGACAAUAGUGAUAAUUCUGAUAAUUCCGGGGAGGUUCAGACCUCAGAUGAAUGCCAGGUCAACAGAACGUCACCAAUUAUUGGCUCCAGAUUAAAGGAUACCUCUGGCAGCCCUUGGAAGCAUGAUGUAACAGGCCUAACAGCAGAGGGUAAGUUCAACCUUGUUAUUACGUCGGUAAGGGGUAAGGUUGCAGACUUUAACGAGUGCAACAAAAAUUCUGAAGCAGCAGAUGAUAAAAAAUUGGCUUCUGGAUCUUCAGAUGUAAGUAACGAUAAAUCUCCAACUUCUCAGGAGAAGAAUAUCGAAUGUGUAGAGAUAGUAAGUGAGAGCGAAGAAGAUAACGUAUUUGAGGAAUGCAAAGCUGUCGUCUGUAAGAAAUGCCGAAGCAUCUGGACUGAGAAAGUUUUACAUACAAUUUUUAAGGGCAGUGAAGCAGUCACUGUCAACUCAAAAAUAACUUUCGGAGCUAUAGUCCUAAUCAAUAACUGGGCCCAUAGACACAUUCAGCACAACAGAGAAAGCUCUGUGAAAAACAUGCUGGAGAGGGCUGAUCUCGGUAGAAAUAUUGAGGGGUUGGAGAUAAGUGAUCUGAGUCAGUGGCUUUUUGAACUUAUGGACAAAGGCAAGAUAAAAUGCUGUGCUGUGUUUGAUGCCAUAUAUAAGCCAGAGCCCAUCAAAGUAUCACUAAGCUCACUGAAAAAAGUUAAAGGAGCUAGUAGUAAAGCCAUAAAAGCACCCUGUAGAGAUCAGAAUGAUGGUGAAAUGUCAAAGAAGAGGUCAUUGCAGCUUGAAGAGGAAAGGUUAUCUGAUUCACAAGGUCUCUCAAAAGUGCCAGAGGUGACCAAGGGAGCAAGAACCAAGAAAAAGGAAAAGAAAGAUGAGUUGGUAGAUACAUCAGGUGUGCAGGAUCAUAGCUCGCCAGACAGAGCACAAACUAUAAAGGAAAAGAAGGCUAUUGAAACAUUAGAACAGAGAUCAGAACCAGGUGAACAAGUCUCCAGACAUAGUCCAAGGCAGUCUGAUGAAGUGCCCACUGACGAAGAUGAAAGUUUAUCCAAGUCUCAUUCUUCCAUUUCUGAGAUGCAGUCCAAGGCAGUUCUGAGUGAUGACCAAGUAUCUGCAGGAGAAGAGGUUUUAUAUGAAACAGAACCCUCACAAGCAAAAGAGGUUAGUUAUGUAUAUGAGGAAAAUGAUAUGGAAGUUAGUGACCACGAAGAGGGUGGGAAUGAUGAGAAUGUUGUUCCAACACCAAUACUCAGACAAGAGGAGGAAAUUGAGCCAGAUGUUCAUACAACAGAAGAGAGAGAGAUAUUGUCAGGUACUGUGGAAAAUAGGCAGUCUCUGUUGUGCAAAAAGCUAGGCUUAGAUAUUAAUAAUAUCGAUAUUAGUUGUUCUAGUAGUGACAUGAAAAGGGCCAACAAUGGAACUAUGGCAAAGCAAGUUUCAGCUGAAGAGGCAGUAUCUCGUGCUCACAUCACUCUGUUAAAGGAACGUUCAGCCUUACACGGGUUUGCAAGUGAAGCGUUUGAUCUGUUACCCUUCGAGUUUGAAAAUUUCUAUGAUUCUGUACAUAGUGAUGAGUCUACUCAGCGCUUCAUGACAAAUCGUGAAUUACUGACACUGCACAGCAUUUUCAUUCUAGAUGCAGAGCUCCCCAAUGCUGAACUCUUUUAUCAGGUUUUGAUUCAGAUUCUAAUGAGUCGAAACCAAGUCUUACUUGUCCCAGACAGCCGAACUUUGCUGCAGGUCCUUGAGAAGUUGCGCCGGGAUUUCAACAGAGCGAAAGUGGGAAAGUCGUAUAGUGAGUUCUUAGCACAAAACUGGGACAUGAGAAAUGUUUAUAGUGCAGAGAAUUUAUGGAAUAACAAAAGAGGCUAUCCUAAUAAUCCAAAUAUAAGAAAUGUUUUGUCUAUUUUUUGCUUGUGGAAGAACAUUGGCAAGCAGUUAACCAAUUUCUAUCCUUCUUUAGCUAUACAAGAAAUGUGUAAAUUCACUGAUUUAAGCAGUACAGACAAGCUGGGUAUGUGUGUGAGACUGUAUGCAAGAUUUUGCAAUUUCUUGUACAAAGAAAAUCACCCAGAAUUAGCAGAACUUUUCCUUGACCAAAAAUUCACAAUAUCCAACAUCUCUGUAUCAAGAGAUGCUUUGCUCAACAGUAUGAAGUGCCAAGCUUCAGAGAAUCAAAGGGUAGAAGCUUCACUUACUAGUACAGAAACAGAAGUUAUACAGGCAAUGCAAAAUUGCACCGAAGCAGAGAAAAUGGCCCUACGUUCUGAAAAUCCCAAGACUCUGAGACACUUCCAGAGACUCUUGAAACAGUUUGAACAAAAGCUAGACCGAUACAAAGAUGCAAAUGCUGAACUAGUGAAGAGAAUUAGAGUUGCUGAAGCCAGGAAAGAAAAGCUAAUGAAUAAGAUAAAGGAUCCAAGCCUGAAAGGAUCGUUGCAUGAACUUACUGAUGAGUUGAGCACCAUUUAUCGCAACAAGAGGAAAAACAGUUCUCUCAGUGAGGCUGACCAAAGAAGCGCAAAGUUUGCAAGGAUGGAGUCAGAACCAUACGAAGUUGCAGAAAGUACAAAGGAAGUCAUUCAUAACAUCCUUGCAAAGGGAGUUAAGCCGGAACUAGUGAGAACUGUCAUUCAAACCGUAAUGAAAAAAGUAACUGGAGAGAGUGCCUUAAAUCUGCCUGAUGUCUUCUGGAUCAGAAAAUAUGCACAGGAAAAUGGUUUUCAGUCUACAGAGACAGUCAUCAUGGCAACAACCACACGGGGAAACAACACUACCGCCCAUGGUAAUGUCGGCUGCAGUGACGGGAGUGCCAAUGGCAAUGGUGGCAACAAGCAGGAGCGGGUUGUGUGUGAUAAUUCUGUUGUUCCUCCCGUAUGCGAGGCAGGCAGGGUGGGUUCCGAGGGUGGCAGGGGAGUUGGCAACCUCACAUCCACUUACCAAGCCCAUAGACAAGUGGCCGGGGGGUGCAGAAGUGCGGCUGCGGCUCAGACUACCUACCACCAUGGAGGAGGAGAAGCAGGAGGGGGCCCGAGUAGUAAUGGAGGAGUGGCUGUGUCCUCGGCCUAUCAUGCGGGAAAUGGCAGCAACACAGUGCAGGAAGGAGAUACAGCAGGAGCAGAUGGUGCUGGAGGUGCUUCUGCAGGAGGAGGAGGAGGAGGAGGAGGCAGUGGUGGUUCCUCAGCAAUUCCAACCACUUACAACGAAGGAGGAGGGGGAGGGGGAGGUGGCAACGUGACAAUUGCUGCCAGUGUGAGCGGCGUUACGAAUAACACAUCCUCAAGCUACCACCUGGCUCAUGGAGGAGGAACAGGAGCAGUAGCAGGAGCAGGUGCAGCAGUAGGAGGAACCAGCACAGGGAAUGGAACCUCAACUGGACAGGUUAAUGCCACAACCAGUUACUAUUACACCCCCAUAUUGAACUCUCAGCAGACCCUCCUAAGGCCAAUCAUGACAGCACAGCCGCCUCUCUACUCUCCCCUUCUUCCACCUCAGCAACACACUUAUGCCAUGCCCCAUGCAUCGCCCUCAGCUGGAUCUACAUAUUUCGCAAACCUGAGUGAGAGCAUGCGAGGGGGGUUAAGUGACAUGAUCCCAGGAUCAUCAGACAGCCUCUACAAGGAAGUGGGGCAUCUGGGAAGACAAGGCCAGGGAACAGGCAUCACCCACUCCUCCAAGCCUUGUGAUGCCUCUGCUGACCCUCGGCAGUAUGCCAUGGAGGUGUGCCAGCGGAGAUUACCUCAGGAAGGAGUCUACAAUGGCGGGUCUUACCCAUCAUGCAGCGGGGAAGUGACGAGGCCCAACCACACUACUCAUCACGAGCAGAGGACAGCAGCCUAUGAGGACUACUCACGGAUGGGAGUUUAUACGGAGGAUGGCAGCAGCAGGGGGUGGGACGGGAUGGGAAAUUGCGGCACGUCUCGCUCUGCCACUGGCGCCAACCAUACUGCCCACCCCUACACAUAUUCCUAUACUGACUGUCGUCUGGAUGCGGCCUGGAACAAGUGUGUGGCUGGAAUGGGCAUUGGGGGACCCAUGGCUGGACCCAGUGGAGAGAAUUUCCCCUCACAGGAGCACCAGGUGGACUCCCCUCAAGUGAAGACCACAGCACGGGGCGCCACCAGCCACACCCUGGCAGUUAAUGUCAAUAUGGGGAUGCCUUCUGGGGAUCCCUCAAUGACCCGCUCCCACUACGAUUAUCAGCCCUUGCCAGGCGCUCAGAUUCCACCCUUCCUACCCUAUCUCACACCUCUGAACUAUCAGCAAGUAACUGAUGUUGUUGACAGACGGGUUGAAACACGUGCUGAUCACAGAGCUGUAAAUCGUUCAGAUGUGCAGAACUGUGCUGGACAAGGAACUUCAACAAAUUCACGUCAUCUUGAACAGGCUGCAGCCCCAUCAGAGAAGCAUGUGGUCCACUCUAUACCACCUUCAGGCAAUGUAGCUCCAACAAUGUCUCAUACUCAGCCCACAGACACUCAGAGAAGUGUCAGUGGCCACAUCAAUACGUCAGCUAGCACCCACAACACACACCAGGAGUGUCUUGGGCAAAACAAGAACAUUGUGGUGGACCAAGUGCAGUCAUGCACUCAUAUGAAUCUCAAGAAGAAAACCUCGGAAGCAGGCACCGACAACCAGCUGUGUGGCUCAUGCAGUGGAGGAACUACCAUAGCAGAGACCCAGCAGGGAACCAUCAGUAAUGCGAGCAUGAUCGGCAGUGGCGUUCUUGUUGUCCCCGCAGAAGGAGUGAUACCUUGUCCCAUUGAGUCACUGGUCGCUGCUGUAGCCAAGAAUGAACCAUCAACCUCCUUCAAAAAGAAACGUACAGAAGAGGAGGAUUCUAUGACUAGUGGAGGCGAGGGACUAGUGUGUCUGGUUUGCGACCUUGUCAUAGAGGGAACAAGCAGCCAGCAUGACGGGGGGCAGAGAGGGGCAACGGCAUGUGAGGAAACAGUUGCUGCUUGCUCCAUCGACUCUCUGGCAACAGUGAUGUCCAAAGUAAGUGUGGGAGACAAACUUGGCAGCUUAGUGGGCACUGUGCUGCCUCGUCACCUGUUGCAUUCCACGGCCAUCUGCAGCAAGUGCUUCCAUCUCAUCAAUGAACUGGAAAUUCUGGAACACCGACUGUCUUUGUAUAGGAAAUAUAUCAGCACAAAAGUUGAAGCAUCCUGCGAAAAGCAUGGUGUCAGGCUUAGUACAUACAGGCAGCUACAACAGCAACAACAACAAGAACACCAGCAACAUCAUCAACAGCAACAUCACCAUCAUCACCAUCACCACCACCAUCAGCAUCAACAACAGCAUCAGCAGCAACAGCAACAACAACAACAGCAGCAGCAACAACAACAACAACAGCAGCAGCAGCAGCAGCAGCAGCAGCAGCAGCAGCAGCAGCAACAACAACAACAGCAGCAACAGCAACAACAACAGCAGCAACAGCAACAACAACAACAACAACAGCAACAACAACAGCAGCAACAACAACAACAACAACAACAACAACAACAGCAGCAACAACAACAGCAACAGCAGCAACAGACACAGCACACACAGCACCAGCAGACCCACCACCAGCUCCUGCAAUACCAGACUGUGCAGCUGCACCAUCAGCAUCCACACCUUCAAGUGGCACAGCUCCCACAGGACCAGACAGGUCACCAGUUGCAAGGGAUGCAGCUCCAACAUCAGCAGCAGCAACAUCAUCACAUUCCAGUUGUAGCUCUCCACCAGAUGCCACAGCAACACCACCACCAAAUGCACCAGCAUUUGCAACAUCAACAACACCUCCUUGCUGAGCAGCACAUUCACCAGCAACAUCAUCAUCAACAGCAACAGCACCAUCAACAGCAGCAGCAACAGCAGCAACAGUCACAGCCGAAUCACAUCGCAAUUCAUCACCAGCAACAGCAGAAGAAUCACGUGAAUCCAAUCAUAAAUCCAACAGUGGCUCAGCUGGAGCAACCUCAACAGCAGCAACCCCAGCAGCAGCAUCAACCUCCAUCACAACAACCCCAACCACAAUCGCAACAACCCCUCAGCAAGCCCGCCACCAACGACAACACCUUGGUCUUCGUCGACUGUGAUAUAGACAUCGAGGAUUGUGACUGCAACCUCAUAAGCGAUCCUCCUGCCUCAAUCAAAGACACAUCUCAUGACGAGGAACUGCAAGAGUGCCCGGAGAUGGUGGAAGAAGGAGAGCCUAAAAUCUCAAGCUCGGAAGUCAGCCAGAUCACCUCCCCAGAGUCAGUGGACAUAGGCUCCGUUGGUAGUGGUGGCCAUCAGAAGGAGGACAUAGGAAUCCACAGUCAAGAAGUUAUUGACGAAUCUCCGGACAGCCACAACCAAGAGCAGACAAGUGGUCAAGGAUACAUUGCUGCCGAAACACCAGAAAACAAUGAAGCUGAGAAUUCACCAAUUGUGUCCUCAACUGUUGUUCAAGAUGAGCCAAGAAAAGUGGAGGAAGCAACUGAAUACCACAAACCUACUCUGUUGGCUAAGAACGUCAAAAGCAAGAAACAUGCAAAGUUGCAGAUUUGUCGUCAGUGUGACCAGGUGUUUUCAAAUCGGCAGGCACUAGUCAGACACAUUGAAAGAAGGCAUAAAGCUUAUGCAUUUCAUUUUAGCUGUGAUACCUGUCGUAAAAAAUUCAGCUCUGAGAGGGCACUUACCAGACACGUUCAGCUUCACAAGACAUACCCAUGUAAGUUAUGUGAUAAUAUAUUCUUUAGGAAAGCUAAACUCAAGAAACACCUGGAAGAUCAUACACAAGACAGCUUGGCAUGUAAAGUGUGCUCAAAAGAGUGUACAUCUCUCCAGGCUCUUAUAUCUCAUAUGAAAACUCAUACACAGAAAAAGAAAGUAAACAAAUGUAAUGUGUGCUCCAAAAUAUUUGCAAACAACAGGAACCUGAAAGUGCAUAUGAGAACUCAUACAGGAGAGAAACCAUUUGUUUGUGAGAACUGUGGAAGGAGUUUCAGUCACCGUAGCAAUAUGCAAACACACCAUGACACCUGUACUGGUCAGUUCAGUCAUAGAUGUCAGAUAUGUGGAAGAGGUUUUGCUUUGGAGUCUGUUUAUCGCAGACACCUGGCAGAACAUGAGGGGCAUUAUGCCCAUCACUGCUCUAUUUGUGGCAGAGGCUUUAGCAAAGCAUCUGGCCUUCAAGCUCACUUAGCCACACACAACAGUCAGAGACCUACUUAUUCAUGUCAGGUUUGUGGUCAGACUUUGUCAACGCCAUCUAGCUAUGCUUCACACAUGGCCAGCCACACAGGUGAAGGUGGAGCAGUGUGCCCCGUGUGUGGCAAAACUCUGGCAAGGCGAGCUGACCUUCAGGACCACCUGCACCGUCACACAGGAACCAAAACGCACACCUGCUCCCUCUGCAGUGCAACCUUUUAUUAUCGCUCCAACCUCAAUCAUCACGUAAGGACAACCCAUAGAUUGCUAAGGCCUCAUACCUGCACUUUCUGCGACAGAUCUUUUGCCUCUAGUUAUAAUUAUAAGUUGCACCUUCGCACACAUACAGGUGAAAGGCCCCAUCAGUGCAAGUCCUGUGGGAAGGCUUUUACUACUAAAGCUAAUUAUAAUCGGCACCUGAAGUGUCACAUGACACAGGCAAUGGCUCCUCUUGGUGCUGAGACAGAAUGAGUGCCAUAUUAUUAUCUAGCUCUCAAAUUUUCUUGAUGAACAUGUCUUUAAAAAAAUGUAUUUGGCACAAAACUCUUCAUAAAUGCUACAAUGUUCUCAUAUCACAACACCUUUGGAAUAUUAUCAAUUUUCUUACUUUGAUAACAGAAAUAAGAAUCAAUAACCACAUUACCUUUACAAAAUUGAUUUGUAGUUUGUAAUUUGAUAUCAUUACUUCAUACCGUAUGCUUAGUUAUUUCUUAGUCAUAUAUUAGACAUCUGCUGUAUGCUGGGAUACAGUACAGCAUUUAAAGAUAUUGAACUUUGUUUUGUAUCCAUAAAAAUUGUACAUCUGUGAUACUAGUGGUAGGUAAAGCUCUGUUUUAAUGUUAUUUCAACUUGCUGUUAUUUUUAUUCCAGUUCAUGAAGAUCCUUAAAUGUCAUGGAAUGGGUUGGAUAUUUGGGUUUCAAAUGUUUAUACAUUGGUUACAUUUGUCUUCCAUGAAUUACUAGUCAUGACUGAAUAAAAUAUGGAAAUAUUCACCUUAAAAA